AUGGCCAGUCGUUUCAUUCCACGAUCCUUUACAGUAGCUGCAUGUCGACCAUUCACGCCUGCCAUGCAGAUCCGAUCGUAUGCAAAAAAAAGCAAAAAACAAGCAGCAGCAGCGGCAGCAGCAUCCUCUUCUUCUGACAGCGAAGUUGUGCGAGUCUUUGACCAAAGCAAGUUACAAGACCGUAUGGAUGGCACUAUUGCUUCACUCAAAGAGCAGUUUAGCACGUUGCGUGUAGGCCGUGCUAAUCCUGCUGUUCUCGAUCAUGUGCGUGUUCGUAUUGAAGGUUCCAGCUAUGCAUUGCGUGAUCUUGCUCAAGUAAGCAUCCGUGAUCCACAAACAUUGCUUGUCGCUGUACAUGACGCCGAGUUUCGCUCGGCAGUUGACAAGAGCAUCCGUGAAGCAGGCCUCAAUUUGAACCCUGUCGUCGAAAACGAAAUGAUUCGCAUUCCUAUACCAAAAGCCACCAAGGAGACACGUGACAAGAUGAGCAAGGUUGUAAGCCAAAUGAGUGAACAAAUGAAAUCCAAGAUCCGCAAUAUCCGCCAAGAUGGCAUGAAGCAAUUAAAACAAGACGCCAAAUCUGCACCUGCUGAUGAGAUCAAGAAAUUAGAAAAAUUGGUUCAAACAAUGACUGACAAACACAACAAGGUUAUUGAUGAGCUCAUCAAGUCUAAAGUUAAAGAGAUCCAAUCUUAG